AUGUUUCUGUCCCGUUACCCGAGGGCGGGCAGUGCCCUGGGAAAGGUGGUGCUGUCUGAGCCUGCCUCUUGCCAGGCCGUGCUCAUCAGAGUCCCUUCAGGGCCAUGUCACCAGGACACGCGGGUUUCUGAGCCUGCCUCUUGCCAGGCCGUGCUCAUCAGAGUCCCUUCAGGGCCAUGUCACCAGGACACGCGGGUUUCUGAGCCUGCCUCUUGCCAGGCCGUGCUCAUCAGAGUCCCUUCAGGGCCAUGUCACCAGGACACGCGGGUUUCUGAGCCUGCCUCUUGCCAGGCCGUGCUCAUCAGAGUCCCUUCAGGGCCAUGUCACCAGGACACGCGGGUUUCUGAGCCUGCCUCUUGCCAGGCCGUGCUCAUCAGAGUCCCUUCAGGGCCAUGUCACCAGGACACGCGGGUUUCUGAGCCUGCCUCGCUCCCUGGCCGCGCUCUCCGUCACAUCCCCGCGCACGCUCUGGUGCGUGAGGCGCUGAGGGGAAAACGCGGAUGGGUCCGGCCUCGGAGGAGCGAGUGGCCGCGGGUGAACGGCGACGGUGCUGGAGGUGAAGAGGUGCCGGCCACCCCCGGCGAGAGCGGCUGCUCAGCCGGGGCAGGCGGGGUGAGGCUCUGCGGGGAAGGGCAGGGAGCGCGGAGGCUGCCGGUGUGUGCGGCUGUGGGGACCCGCGGGCCGAGCACGGCCUGCGGGAUGUGCUGCUGUGCAGCGCGCCGUGGAGCUGCGGCCGCACCGCACCCGCCGGGCUCACCGCUGUGA